AAAAGAAAAUCAACAAGAAUAACAGCCCUUCCAAUGCGCAUAUGUCCAUCUGCCUAACUGGAAUAAAAAUAAGCUAGAAGACAGGAGGAAUCAAUCAGACAGGAGACGUCACAAUCUCGAUAGUUUACAAUGAAUUCGACUUUUGGAAACGUGUUCCUUUUCCUCACCGACUUGGCCUGGAAGAAUCGCUUCACUCUGCCGGUGUUGGUGACUACAGCCUUUUUGGUUAUGGACUUGCGCCUGCAGAUUGAAAUUAAUGUACAGACGGGUCAAGUGGACGCUAGCGAUACGGAGGACGGCGCCUUCGAAAUCGACGCAUACGACGCAUACACCGAUGAUGAAGGCAGCGAACUGUAUACCGAUGAAGAGUACACAAUAGACAGCAGCGACGAAUCGCUUUAUAAUGCCGAAUGCUACGACGAUAAUGAGGACUCUGAGUGCUAUUGGUCAAGCGAUUCAAGCGCCUAACCAUUGACCAUAAAUUUUAAGUGAUAACUGCACACAAUUAAUUUAGUUUUUCUGCAUUCCCAUAUUUAAGUUUCAAAUGUCUCGGUAUAAUUUUUUUUUUGUUUAGGGCAUGUUAUGUGCAAUACACAGCUACAAGUUUCAUCAAAGUUAAAAUAAAAUUGGGGGUUUUGAACGAUA